CUUAACAAAGCCAUGGCGUCCCUUCCCUCGAAACCUAUCCCUCUCUCCUUCAUUCUUCCCGGGUCGGAAUCCACAAUCGGCCCGUGGCUGUAAACCCUUCAAGGCCCGAAACGAUCUUCUGUUCUCUGUGACCCAUAAUCUCAACUACUCCGCUAACGAAGUCCGCUCUUCAUUACACGAUGACUGCAAUCCGAAUCCCCCGCAGGAAGCUGUUCUCAAGGCAAUUUCAGACUGACUAUUGAUGGGGUUGCAGAAGUGUCAAAGGUAGAAGGAAGGAUCGGACAAACCACAAAUUUAGUUAUGGGAGGGACUGUUCAUGAUGAUUCAACUAAUGAGUGGCUUGUCUUGGAUAAAAAGGUAAAUUUGUACCCAACAGAAAGAAUGUUUACAGCAAUUGGAACUGGAGGGGAUGAUUUUGUGCAGGCUAUGGUAGUUGCAGUAGAAUCAGUUAUUCAGGGAUCUAUCCUUGAGGGGCAGGUAAAGAAGAAGGAUUCCUCAGGGGGGAAGUAUGUAUCAGUGAAUAUUGGACCUAUUCUAGUUCUUAGUAGUGAACAGGUUCAAGCUGUAUAUAACGCGAUGAGAAGAGACGACCGAAUGAAAUACUUUCUGUAACUUACUACCAUUUGCUGUAACCUAUAGAGAGGUCUCUUUCUCAACACCUGCAGAGGACAUCCACCUAACAUGUUACACCAGUCUCCUCUUUUACCUAGGUUUUGUUCCUGUGUAGCUCUAGCAUUUCGUUCGAAAAAAUUGUUUUACCGCACACCACAGUUUCAUUCAUCUGCCACUACCUUGGGUAGUGACGUCUGAGAUCAACUGUAAUUCAGUAAGAGCAAGAGUUAGUUCUGAAUACUGUUUAUUAGCGUACUAUUGUAAAUAAGAAAACAGUCAAAAUGUGAACUUGUUUGGUGGGAGUCUUAGUUUUGGGAAGUUGGAACUCAGAACACUGGAUAUUCGGCACUUCUAUCCUGAUUAGGAUGAUAUUUAUAAUUGUGAUGGCUACUGACUACUGUGCAAAAGUAAGACUAGAAGAGCAAGAGCAUGCUUCUACACAAAACUGCAAAAGUUGGUAACUUUUUGAUUUGCUAUUAUUAAAAGUCUCUUAAACAUUCUAGUUGUGUCACUUGUGUGUUUGAUUUAAUAAUUUUUUUGAGAAGUUUGCGUCUUUUAUCAGACAUUACGCAGGGUAGUGUUUAAUAUGAAAAACUUCUUCAUUUUUUCAUAUUUUCAUUUCUUUAUAUAAUCUUGUGUCUUCAAGGCUCA